AUGGUGGGCCACCUGCAUCUGCAGGGCAUGGAGGAGAGCCUCAAGCAGAGCCGGGAGGGCCUGCUGGACAGCCCCGACUCCGGGCUGCCCCCCAGCCCCAGCCCCAGCCCGCCCUUCUACUCCCUGGAGCCUGGCAUCCUCGACUCCCGCGCGGGGGGCGCCGGCGCCUCCUCCGAGCCCCCCGGACCCGGCGAGGCCCGAGCGCCCCCACCCGUGCCCCCGAACCCCUCCGCGCUGGAGAUGAGGCCCCGGCUGCUGCCAGUGUUCUUCGGGGAAGGCAUCGAGGUGAACCCAGAACCAGCCCAUGAGAUCCGCUGCAACUCCGAGGUCACGUACACCUCGGAGAAGCACUUCCGGGACAAUGUCUUCUACGCGCACGUGCCCACGGUCACGGCCUACAGCGAGACGAUCGUGGCGGCGCCCAACUGCACGUGGCGCAGCUACCGCAGCCAGCUGACCCUGGAGCCGCGGCCGCGCGCGCUGCGCUUCGGCAGCACCGCCAUCAUCUUCCCCAAGCACGCGCGCAGCUCCUUCCGCACCACCCUGCACUGCAGCCUGGGCCGGCCGCGCCGCCGCUUCGCCGCCAGCGUGCAGCUGCAGCCCGGCCCGCAGCCCGCGCCGCGCCGCCUGGGGCCGGCCGCGCUCUAG